AUGCUGCUCAGACCACGCCCUGCACGGCGGGGUGGGGGCGGCGGCCACCGGGGCGAGGAGGGGCGGAGUCAGAGGGCGGCGGAGGAGGCGGUGGAGGUGGAGAGCGUGUCCCAGAGCAGCUCCCUGGAGGAGGUGCGUCCUGACGGGACGCCCCCGGCACCACGGUUGGUGGAGAUGCGGAGGGACCCCGUCCUCGGCUUUGGGUUUGUUGCGGGCAGCGAGAAGCCGGUGGUGGUGCGGUCGGUCACCCCAGGCGGUCCAUCGGAGGGGAAGCUGAUCGCGAGCGAUGAGAUCAUCAUGAUCAACGAGGAGGAGGUUAGCUGCCCCAGAGAGCGGGUCAUCGACCUCGUCAGGAGUUGCAAGGAAUCCAUCGUGUUGACUGUUGUCCAGCCCUAUCCUUCCCCUAAAUCAGCGUUCAUCAGUGCAGCCAAGAAAGCCAAGCUCAAAUCCAAUCCGGUCAAAGUGCGUUUCGCAGAGGAGGUCAUUAUUAACGGACAGGUUCCUAACUCAGCGAAGGACAGCUCUCUGCUCUUCAUGCCCAACGUUCUCAAGGUAUACCUGGAGAACGGCCAGACCAAGUCAUUCCGCUUCGACUGCAGCACCUCCAUCAAGGAGGUGAUCCUGACCCUGCAGGAGAAGCUGUCAAUCAAGAGCAUCGAGCACUUCAGCCUGAUGCUGGAGCAGAAGAGGGAGGGCGGGGCCUGCAGGCUGCUGCUGCUGCACGAGCAGGAGAUGCUGGUUCAGGUGACCCGCCGUCCCGGGGCAGACAAGAUGAAGUGUUUCUUCCGGAUCAGCUUCGUGCCGCGGGACCCCGUCGAGCUGCUACGGCGCGACGCCGUGGCCUUCGAGUAUCUUCUCCCGCAGUGUUGCAACGACGUGGUGCUGGAACGCUUCGGGGCGGAGCUAAAGUAUGAUGCCGCGCUCCGAUUGGCCGCCCUGCAGAUGUACAUCAUCACCAUGACGACCAGGCAGACCCAGAAGGUCUCGCUGAAGUACAUUGAGAAGGAGUGGGGUCUGCCCCUGUUCCUGCCCCCCGCCGUGAUGGCCAGCAUGAAGGAGAAGAACAUCAAGAAGGCCCUGACGCACAUCCUUAAGACCAACCACAACCUCGUGCCUGCAGGGAAGAAACUGACGGUGCUCCAGGCUAAGGUGCACUACCUGAGGUACCUCAGCGAGCUACAGCUCUACGGAGGCAGAGAGUUCAAGUCCAUCCUCUUGCAGGGGGAGAAGCAGACGGAGGUCCUCCUGCUGGUGGGCCCGCGAUACGGCAUCAGUCACGUGAUCAAUGCCCGCACCAACCUGGUCGCCCUAUUGGCCGACUUCAGCCACGUGAACCGCAUCGAGAUCCUGACGGAGGACGACGCCAACGUCCGCCUGGAGCUCCAUGUCCUUGACGUCAGGCCAAUCACGCUGAUCAUGGAGUCUAGCGACGCGAUGAACCUGGCCUGUCUUACGGCGGGGUACUACCGCCUCCUAGUGGACUCCCGGAGAUCCAUCUUCAACAUGGCCCACUGCAACAGUAUGCAAGGGGAUGAUUCAGGCCACGAGCGGGGCCUGGAGUGGCCGUACAGCCCGUCCAUCUGCGACGGCGAGGACGACCCGCUGGCCGGCGACGGGAGGCCCUACGACCUCCGCCACUCCGACUACAACGACAACGGGCCGCGGGGGAACGCCGCUCGCUAUUCCCCUUACUUCCACGUCCCGGACCCCGACGGCGGCGGCGGCGGGGACGACCCUGACGACGACCACGACGACCGCGGCCACCCCGGGGACCGGAGGAGCCCGCUCCCCCCUCCCUUACCGCCUUCCACCCGACUCCAACCUCAGGACUCACCGCGUAGCGCCAAGGUCUCCUUCAUCUUCGGAGGGGGCGCGCCGCCGCGGAACGCUAGGGCUCACGCCGCGGGCGGCUACGACCUUCUGAUGGAGAGCCCCGACGCGCCGGGGCACCGGCCGCCCUACCUGCACCACAACGCGGACUUCGGCUCCUCGCAGAGCUUCUACGGUGGCGGCGGCAUUAGCGGCGGUGGCAUUAGCGGCGGCGGCAUCAGCGGCGGCGCCGUGUCCCACGUGUACAGCAACAUCGGCGGCGAGGAGGGCAACGAGGAGCUGAGGGGGCUCUGCUACGCCGACACCACGGACGACGCGGAGGACGAGGACGAUGCCUCCUGCGAGGAGGACUCCACGGGGGGCACGCCCGUCAACGACGAGGCGGCGGCGGGCAACGGGAACCGCGUGCCCAACUGCCUGAACCUGAUGCUGGCGCAGGGCGGGGUGGCGGGGGCGGCGGCCGGCAAGACCACCUUCCUGGUGCUGUCGGGCUCCACGGACGACAUCAUCGACCUGACGGCGCUGCCGCCGCCGGAGGGCGACGACGCGGCCGCCGCGGACGACGACGACGACACGGUGCUGGACACGCUGAACCUGGCCAUCGCGGCGCCGCCCCCGGGGUUCCGGGACAGCUCGGACGAGGACGGGGCGGGGCCGGAGGGACGGCCGCUGAGCACGCCGGACAACGACGACAUCCCCGUGUCGCUGAUCGACUCCGUGCCGACCCGGGAGGACGGCGGCGGCGGUGGCGGCGGUGGCGGCGGUGAGGGGAGUCGAGGGGGAGGCGCCGAGAGGCGGCUGGAGAACGCCGUGGCCAAUACCCUGCAGGCCCUGGAGGCGCUGUCGGUGGCGGAGCAGAGGCCGCCGCCGAGACCGCACGCCCCGCGGAGCAUUCCAGGGAUAAGGACAUCGCGAGGCCUCAGUGCAGAGUCCUCCUCGGACUCAGGCAACGAGACCAACUCCUCCGAGAUGACGGAGAUCUCCGAACUGGCCGCCGCCCACAGACUCCACGAGAGCCACAUGCGCCUUCUGGUGGCCACCCGGGAAGGAUACCAGCCCUUGCUGGAAGAGAAGACAGAGUUCCCCGUCUCGCCCAGCGCCGGCGAGACCCUGCAGCCGAAGGCUCGCAGUCCGUCGCGAGGCCACCUCCUCCAGCCGCCGGCCGUGCCUCCCAGGCGCACCCCGCUGCUGGACACUGCGACCUCUGGGCAGGACAGCCUGCAUGUGGGGCCCCAGAUGGGGAACUGCUCCGCCGCCUCUACACUACAGCGCCCCAGCUCUGUCACCCCUGGAGGGAAACACCCCAAGAAGUCAGGCGACUCCGGAGCAAAGUACAACACCUUCAGCACCAGGGACGGCCACUGGGGCGGAAUGGGCGGUAGCAUCGGCCUCCUCGGGCUGGAUCGAGGUGCGGAGCAAGGCGGGGGUUGUCAGCGACGGCAGACCUCGUUGAUGGUGGAGAAUUCGGUGGUGGACGGUCUCGGGGUGAACAGCAUCCCCAGGGGGUACCGCGGUCUCCCGAAUCCCCCUCCUCCUCCUCCUCCUCCCUCCGCUUCCAACCGCUUGUCGGACGAAGGCGAGUUCCGGCCCACGGACAACGGAGCCCCGGCCGUCGAACAAGACGAGCACCUGGUGGUGGCGUCCUUGAUCUCCCCGAACAAAAAGCCUCUCUCGGCCGCGUCCGAUCACGGGUCGUCGGAAGCGCCGGCCGAUCACCCGCCCAUAUCGAGGCAGCAGAGCGUGGCGCGCCUCUGCGAGUACCACCUGGCCAAACGUAUUUCCAGCCUCCAAGGAGAGGCCCACAACUCCCUUCAGGGCUCGCUGUGCUCCUCACUGGACGCCGGAGGCAGCGUCAACGGCAGCGUCGGCGGGACCCCAACGGACUCGCCUCUCGGGUCCCAAACCCAACACCAACAACAACAACAACCACCGCAGCAACACCACCACCACCACCACCACCACCACCACCCCCACCAAAGGCACCCGCUCUCGAGCUCCUCGUCUUCCCUCCUGAGGGCCGUCAACUACGAGGAGGGCAAGUCCUCCGCGUCGGGGGGUUCCCAAGGAGGCCCCGGGCAAAACAAGGAGCUCCACCCCCACGCGGAUCCGGCGAUGCUGCGCAAAAUGCUGCCCAACAUCCACCCGCCCUUGCCGGGCUCCGAGCCGCCCCAGCGCCCCGCCUCGGCCACGCCUUCCUGCAAGCAUAAGGAGACCUCAGGUACCGCCUCCAGGAGGUUUCACAACGAUCUGCAUGCUAGACAGCAGGCUUGCUUGCGGGGCCAGAACCAGAAGGAGGGCAGCGAAGCCUACAGGCAGCUGAUUAACUACCUGACCGUCAGCCAGAUGCACCAGGGGGGCAAGCUUCACAGCGCAGGCAUGGGCGGGGCGGUCAAAAAAGACACCAGGCGCUACGUCACCAGCAAGCCACAGCUGGUGGAGAUGGUUAAGAAUAGGGGCGACACCAUAGCGAGGUGCCCCUGUAACGCGUCCGCCUCCUCCGUCGCGUCCGCCCCCUUCGUCAGCCCCAAUUCGGGGAACCCCAACACCACCCCCAACAUGCUCCAGGGCAAUAAGAGCCCCCGGCCGUACCACUCGGCCACGCUGCCCGCCAAGCUCGUCAGGAGCCCUGAUAUGCAUGCACAGAGGCCCAGAAACAGUGUAGAGGUCAGACACCCCGACCUAGAGAGGAGGAGCUCCCUCUCCGGCCUGGAGGGAGGACUGGAGCUGGCGCCCAUGGACCCAGAACGGUUCAUGUCCCAGUGCGAUAGAGAGGGCGGCAAUGGCGGCCACGGUGGCAAUGGCGGCGGCGGCCAGGACCGGGGCUGUGGUCGCGAGGGCGGCGGCGGCGGCGGCGGCGGCACGGCCAACCGCCCGCCGUCGCGGUCCAGGAGCCAGCCUAGUGGCGGCUCAGACGACUGGUUCAAGUCGGACGCGAGGGCAAAGCAUGCGGUGCGCCAGACCUCACAUCCUUUACCUAACGAUGCUCUGCUUUUCUCUGCCGCCCCCAGUUUAGCAGGCCAACGAGUGGAGCUCACUCCCAUUCCGCUCGGGGGAAGGGGAGACCACCCUUCGGCAUUCACCCGUCAGGCAUCGGCGAGCCCCAGGGCUUGCCUCAUGUCAUCAAGCACUCUCCAGCUUUCGAUACCUCCUCCCCCACCGCCGCCACCACCACCACCACCACCACCCCUUGCCAUCUCCCCACAGCCCAUAAAGGCCAACAACUGUUCCGGCCACUUGGGCAGCCUGCCCAGGCAGGACUCUCUGAACCCCGUGCAGUACUGGCCCGGCCAGAACCACGUCCAGCCCUGCGCGCUCCCCCGACCGCAGACGGAUCCCUCCCACAACAGCCUCCACCGAGGGCGGGAGCCGCAGCGCAGCACCAGCAGCGCCAACGCCGGCUUGGGAAGCGCGGAGGUUCUGUUCGAGAAGCCUGUCCGCAGCCGCAGCCAGCAGCCCCUGGUGGUGGAGACCAAGGCGCCCAACCGGAGGCCCGCGAGGAAGCGGCUCUCCAAGAGCUACUCCCAGGGCUCCGUGUGCUCCCAGACCACCUGCUGGUCCACGGGCAGCCGGGGCGGCGCCGGCAGACGGGCGUCCGUGGCGUUCCCCCUGCAGAAGGACGGCAAGAACCUGAAGGGCUCCCAGAAGCUGGACGCCAGCCCCUGGCGAUGCAACGGGCCGUUCAGCUACUGCUUCUUCAAGAAGCGGAGCGAGGCGGAGGAGGAUGAGGUCGAGUGGGAGGGGCAGAGGCAGAGCCGCAACUCGGCCCACUACGACAUCAUGGGGGGCAGCGCGGGGGGGGGCAACGUGAUGUUCUGCGGCUCCAGCCUGGAGACGGCGGGCGAGCAGCUGUACGGCGAGGUGCUCGACAACAUGAGCUUCAGCGACCGCCUGGCGCGCAUCAACACCCUGAAGGACCGCAUGUACGUCUUCCCCGGCGGCUUCACCGACGUGCGCCGCGACGCCAGCGAGCUCAUCGCCCUGGUGCGCUCCAGCGUGGGCCGGGGGGACCGCGGCCCCCAGAUGCCGCCCCUCCAGGACCUGUCGCGGUACAAGCAGCUGCUCGCCGUCGAGUCCAAGGAGCUGGGCCGGGCGUGCCGCCGCAUGGCGCAGGCCCACGGCAGCCCCGAGGAGAUGCUGCUGGCCGUCACCUGCAGCUUCCAGGUGCUGUGCUGCCUUUGCGAGGCGUGCAUGUGUCUGGUGCGCGGGCUGGGGGCGGCGGCCGCGCACCAGCAGCGCGAGGUGGUGGCCAAGGUGGACGAGGUGGUCAUGAACUACAUCUGCCUGCUGAGGGCGGCCGAGACGGCCGCGGUGGGCGCGCCCGGGGAGCACAGUGUCAAGGCGCUCGUGAGACACUCCAGUACGAUGACGGCCAUCGCCAACGCCCUCACCCGCUCGCUUAAGACGCUGAUCAGCAAGUGAAGGGCGCAACGGACGAUCGGUGCUCACUUCGGCAAAGCCUCAAAAAGUCGCGCGCUUCAAAAGUCGUGCGCUUCCUUUCCGAAAAGGCUGUUGUGUUGAUUUUUUUUUGCGUAAAGCGACUUUGUGUGCUGCAUUGCACUGAAAAACGACGCCGAUUUUAAGGGAAUCUAAACGUAAAAAGGUGAGGUUCAACGCGCGUCGGAAGGGAAAAGGAACCUGUUUUUUCAGACUCGUGGUCCAUCAGACGUGAUGGUUUGAUGCCUACUCGAGCUGAUUCCACACGCUAUAUCUGCUGAUAAUAUCAAUGUCCAGUACAAUCGCAAAGCCAUAAUGUAACAAAACCUUUGUACUAUGAUACGGUAUGUACAUCCCGGGUUUCCUUUUACUUGUUCAUAAUAGAGAAAUCUUAAAAGAAAAAUGUAUAAAAUGUAUAUAAAUACAAUAUGAAUAUAUAUAAAUAUAUAUAUAUAUAUAUAAUUUGUUGUAGAGAUAUUGAAGAAGCCAUUGACUAUCCUAGUUUAUUUACUCGGUGUGUGUCGUUAGACAGGGCUGGAGUGGAAACACUUUCAUUUCAAAUCAUUUCAUGAAGUGCAAUUUCACUGUAGUUCAACCGUUCAUCCUGACCGGGGACAUUCAAGCAUCGGCACUCGAGCGGAAGAGAAACGUUUUGACUCAAUGCUUUAUCCCACCGAUUGUAAUGCACCGUCGACGGAGUUGAGCCCUGUUAAACGCCGUCCAUGGGUCGACAGUUUAAAAUAUAUAUAUAUUACAGGGUAAAAGGACAUUUUAAAUGCAUUGCUCAUUCUUAAUACUGCUUACUAGCGUAGUAUUAUAAAAUAUUUUGAGGAAAAAAAUUGAACUAUCAAAGCUUGUUUUAGCACUAUGUAGACGAUAUUAUAUAUAUUAAAUACCCUAAUAAUUUAAACACGUAAAAUUUUAAAUAAUACGUCGGGAUAUCUGUAUUUUGGGAUUUGCCUGUCUCACCCAGAGUGAUUCCAAAUUCAUCAUUUUGCAACCAGAAUGGGAGUUCACUGGAUUAGCAUUUAUAUGUUUUCAACCUGUCUGUGGCUCAUCACAGGUUAGCCUAAUGGCGCUGAAGAUAUUGUUGAAUUAUCUUUGUGUUUGUAGACACACUACAAUCUUGCGUGGUUCGUAGCACUCGUUUUGAAUAUAGUCUGAAGACUUGUGAACCCUUGGAAAUCUUUGGAAAGUUAACGAUAACGCUAAUGGCUAGAGAGCUAACCAGUGGACUCCCACUCUGGACACACAAUGAUGACCUUGGAUGCCAAGUUACAGAUUCCCCUGAGUAUCCCGUUAAGCACUGUUAUCAAGGCGAAUAACUCGUUAUUGUUAUUUUGUUAUUUAACACAAGUUAUGUGCUUUCGAAUAUGUAUUGUUUCACAUGCAUCAGGACAUACUAAUGUCUCUUGAAAAUGACAUAAAACUCCCAUUGUUUCAAUAAACUAUUAAACCGUUUUACACGAA